UCCGAUGUCACGCAGAAAUUUUAUACAAGGAAAAUAUCCCAGGCCAUGUGUUGCUGUUGCAUUCCAUCUCCAUAGACAAGUAAUCCCAAUCCCGUCCUACCUGGAUGGUUCCUGCCUGUCUGUCGCCUCGUGACGUCUGUCCAAGAACACUCGCUCCCCACCUGUUCGCUGCUUCUUCUUCUUGCCAAUCUGCUCCUUCUUCUAGCUAGAUCUUGGAUGGAGCUGGGGAUGACGAUGGAGGUAGCGAAGAUCAUCGAGGUAUGUAGAGUACGCGGCUGCUAGUUAGUUCACCAGGCCAGCAAGCGAGCUCCAGCUUCGUCCGAUCGAUAGAUGCGAGCUGUAGCAGCGUGGCAGCCAUUCAUCAGUUGUCAGAUCUUAGAUUCCCCCCAUCCCCGCUACUAGUUGGUGGUUAGCAAAUCCCACCAAGCAGGAAGCAGCCGCGAGCGAGCCAUGGCCAUGGAUCCCGUUCUGAAGGUGGCCCUGGGCUCGGCGGCGUUCGCCGUGUUCUGGGUGCUGGCGGUGUUCCCGGCGGUGCCGUUCCUGCCCAUCGGGCGCACGGCGGGCUCCCUGCUGGGCGCCAUGCUGAUGGUGCUGCUGGGCGUGAUGAGCGCCGACGACGCCUACGCCGCCGUGGACCUGCCCAUCCUGGGCCUGCUGUUCGGCACCAUGGUGGUGAGCGUGUACCUGGAGCGCGCCGACAUGUUCCGGCACCUGGGGCGCCUGCUGUCGUGGCGGAGCCAGGGCGGGCGGGACCUGCUGGUGCGCACCUGCGCCGUGUCCGCGCUCGCCUCCGCGCUCUUCACCAACGACACCUGCUGCGUCGUGCUCACCGAGUUCAUCCUCAAGAUCGCGCGCCAGAACAACCUGCCCCCGCGCCCCUUCCUGCUGGCGCUGGCGUCCAGCGCCAACAUCGGCUCCGCCGCCACGCCCAUCGGCAACCCUCAGAACCUGGUCAUCGCCGUGCAGAGCGGCAUCUCCUUCGGCGGCUUCGUCUUCGGCAUCCUCCCGGCCACGCUCGUCGGCUCCGUAGUCAACGCCGCCAUCCUGCUCGCCCUCUACUGGAACCAGCUGGACGGCGGAUGCAAGCCCGCCGCCGGAGCCCAGGAGGUGGUCGCCGUGCCCACCGAGGUCGUCGAGGAGGAGGACGUCACGUCGCACCGCUUCUCGCCCGCCACCAUGUCGCACCUCCUCCUCCGACGCGCCCAGUCCCAGCAGGUGCCGGCCGGCUACGACGACGCGGCGAAUCAAGACCCCGUCAAGCCGCCCAACGGCGUCCACCACAGAAGGAAAGCAGCGGUGAACGGCGAUUGCGACGGCGACGGCGACCGCUACUACUCCUCCUUCUCCUCCACGUCGUCGUCGACGGAGGAGGCCAGCGCCAAACAACCAGAAGAUGACGAAGAAGAAGUAGAAGAGGAGUGGCAGAGCAGGGUGUGGAAGAUGUGCGUGUACGUCAUCACCCUGGGCAUGCUGGUGGCGCUGCUGCUGGGCCUGAACAUGUCGUGGAGCGCCAUCACCGCCGCCCUGGCGCUCAUCGUGCUGGACUUCAAGGACGCCCGCCCCUGCCUGGAGAAGGUGUCGUACCCGCUGCUGCUCUUCUUCUGCGGCAUGUUCAUCACCGUGGACGGCUUCAACAAGACGGGCAUCCCCAGCGCGUUCUGGGACUUCAUGGAGCCGUACGCGCGGAUCGACACGCCCACGGGGACGGCCGUGCUCGCGCUCGUCAUCCUCCUGCUCUCCAACGUCGCGUCCAACGUGCCGACGGUCCUGCUGCUGGGCGCGCGCGUGGCGGCGUCGGCGGCGGCCAUCUCCCCCGCGGCGGAGACCAACGCCUGGCUCAUCCUGGCAUGGACGAGCACGGUGGCCGGCAACCUCUCGCUGCUGGGCUCCGCCGCCAACCUGAUCGUGUGCGAGCAAGCGCGCCGCUCCCAGCAGUACGGCUACACGCUCUCCUUCUUCAGCCACCUCCAGUUCGGCUUCCCGGCGACGCUCGUCGUCACCGGCAUCGGCCUGCUGCUCAUCAGAACCUACUGAUGCGUACCGGAAGGGAUGUCUGGAGGGGGAAGAAGAAUGUGGAUUCUUUCUCAGCGCCGUGUAUCGCGUCACAGGUCGUUUUGUUUUUGUUGUUGAAUUUGUGCAAGGAUUCGUUCGAUUGGGGGGAUAUCAUAUCAUGGUCGCUGCCUCCUGUCCUGUAAAAUGGUGGAGAAGCGUAGCACCAGAGAUAGAUAGAUAGAUCAGCAUGGUGCUCGCUUGCUCGGAGCUGGAGGCGUUUUGGGAUGCACGUACAUACAUACAUACAUUCAUUCUCUGCUUUUAGUAAGAAAUCUGUGCAUUAUGGAGUAGCACACCAUGUAUGUAUAUAUCAGACAUAAGAAACAAAA